CGGCACAUUUCGCAAAACCCGUUUGGCACGUUCGACGCGCGGUGUGAAUAUAUUGUUUAUCACUCUCAGUGCUUGUGCAAGUGCAUUUCGAUCUUUUUUUUUCACCCCCCUCUUUGUUUACAUUUUUCAAUCGACGAUGACAACUGACACGAGCGACCUCUGUGUGCAAGUGCUUGAAACUAUUCCCAGCUGCGAUCGGAUUUCGCGCCUGGUAAAAUGUUUUUCAAACGAGUUUUCACGUGCGCCGAGUUUCGUUGUCCGUUGCAGUGGAAGGGUAAACAUCAUCGGUGAACAUGUGGACUACUGUGGUUAUCCAGUUUUUCCGAUGGCUAUCGAACAAACGAUUCUGCUUGCCAUUGCUCCUUCCAAUGACAAUUUAUUGCAUAUCAAGAAUGCCAACAACAACUUCAAGCCAUACAAGUGUAAUGUUCUUACCUUCAGUAUCGAUGUGCCUAGUGUUGGCGGACCAUACUGGUACCAGUACGUACUGUGCGGUGUGAAGGGAAUUCUGGACAGCACAGCCAUAAAGCAUGAUGCACCACGCGGUAUGCUUAUCAUGCUUUCCGGGAACAUUCCUCCUGCUUCCGGGCUUUCCAGUUCGAGCGCAAUCGUUAGUGCCACAGUGCUAGGUACAGCCUAUAUGCAUAAUGCAACGCUCCAUAAACAAACACUUGCGACGAUCUCGGCGGAGUGCGAAAAGUUCAUCGGAACGCAAGGCGGUGGUAUGGACCAAGCCAUUGCAUAUCUCGCCCAGGAAGGGUGCGCUCAGUUGAUCGACUGGAAUCCUCUACGGGCGACUCCAAUUCAACUGCCAUCUGAUGCCGUUUUUGUCAUUGCAAAUAGCUUGUCCGAAGCCAACAAAGCGGCUACUUCUGAUUUCAACCAACGGGUCGUAGAGUGUAGACUGGCCAGCAGGUUGCUAGCAAAGCAAAUGAAGUUAAACUGGCGUGAUCUGAAUCGCUUCGCUGAUCUUCAAAAAGCACUGGGGUAUUCCUUGGAAGAAAUGGAAAGCUUAGUAAAUGGCAACCUGUCUCAGAACUCCUACACCAGGAUGGAAUUAUUGAAGCUGUUGGAGGUCACAGAAGACGACUUUUCAGAGAAUCUUCUUACGCCAAAUACACGUAAUUCACAAUCGUUCAAACUCAGACAACGUGCCCUCCACGUUUUUCAAGAGGCCUUACGCGUUCAGCAGUUCAUUGAAACUGCAAAGAUCACUUCGGAUGAUUCCGUGUCCCGUAUGAAAACUCUCAUGAGGCAGUCGCAUGAAAGCUUAAGAUCGCUCUAUGAAUGCUCUCAUGAAAAUUUGGACCGCAUUGUACAGAUUUCCGACCAACUAGGCAUUGGAACACGUUUGACUGGAGCCGGCUGGGGUGGAUGCGUUGUCGCAUUGUGCGAUGGUCUGGACGAAAGUAAACGCUUUGUGGAGGCGCUAAAAAAUGAGUUUUACGCCAACAUUCCCAAGGCACAAGGCUGCGAUAUUGCAACACUCUGCUUCGCAACCAGUCCACAACGAGGAGCCGAAAUUUAUUUGAUGGAUAAACAAAAUAAUAUUUUGAGUCUUUCUUCAUAAGUGGUGCUAAAAAGCACCAUAGCAAUGUUUUCGUAGCGUGUUGAUAGACAAGUUACCAAAAGCAAAGCAAUAACAACCAGUGGUACAACUACACAAAAUACCCAAUACAUACAUUCUAAUAGCUAUAAAGUUAAACUUUGUGCGGCUCGUUUGUUGCAUCA